CCGUGAGGAAGUCGCAAGAUGGCUGACAUCGCUUGAAAGUAUGUCCCCUUCCUCAACAUGAAGUCGUGAGUGUGGAAGAAAGCGAGGGAGGCACCAUCGGCCGUUUGUUUUUAUUAACUUUUUUUUUCUGCCGUUAAUUUCUCCAAACAUCCAUUUCAUUUCGCGUCGUCUCUGUCCCAGAGUUGUCUUUGAGAGUUGACGCGUCAAGUCACGCCGGGGACCCAGCUAGCUAAAUUAGCCAGCUAGCUACAGCGGUUAACGUUAGCCAGCGAGAUAGCUAGCUAACUAAAUCAUAUUUUCAUAUCCCAUCGGCCAGCUAACUAGCACGUCUCAUUAAUUUGAAAUAGUCUAACGGUUCUAAUAUCAAUAUACUGUCAGAUUAAGAAUUACUCGACCGUCAUGUUCGCCAACUAAUGCGCAACGUUAAUUCGUGUGAUUCAGGAUUAUAAUUUUGGAGUAAAUCAUACCAUUACUAUAGUUAGCCACUAGCCAUCAUCAGUUAUCAACAUUUCAUGUGUUAUUACCUAGCUAGCUAGCUAGUUAGAGGGGUAGUUAAACUUUAGCCGGAGAAUUAGACUAGCUGGCUUUGCUGGCAGUUGACCAAAAUACUGCUAGGGAUGGACACACAAUUGUACUCACACGACCAAAUAUAGAAGAUUGGCUUUGCACACUAACUAGUUAGCUAGCUUUCUUACUUGCUGUUAGGAAGUGCACCUCUCGGCCUGGUCAACUAGCGUGCUAGGCUAGUUAGCCUUUGCAGGAUUGGUCACUCGUAUCAGAGUUGAGGGUGGCAGCAGCUAGGUGCAGCAACAGUUCAGUCAGUCACACAGAGAGAUACGUUAGCUAGCUGCCAGGUUCUAGCUAGCUACAUUCUCGACCCUCACAUCAGCUAUCACCACGGCGUUCCGAACGUACCCGGAGCCCCCCUCCCCUGGCCAGACCCACCGGCUCAACAACACCGGGAUGGGUGUGCAGGGCUUCCAGGAAUAUCUUGAGAAACGGUGUCCCGGGGCAGCUGUCCCCGUGGACCUACUCAAACUAGCCCGUACACCGGGCCGCCAGCCCCCGCACCACCACCCCCAUCACCUCGGCCCUAUACCUCCUCCACCCCCGGCCCGGAUACUCAUCGAUGCUGACUCCGGCCUGCAGCGGCUGUACGGCGGCUACCAGACGGACUGGGUGUGCGGCGGGGAGUGGAACGCCAUGCUGGGAUACCUGUCCGCUCUGUCCCAGGCCUGUCUGUACCAGGGCGGGCUUGAGCUGGUCGUGGUGUUCAACGGCACCCUGGGGAAGGAACGGUGGCCGGAGUGGGCACGCCGGGCGCAGGGGCAACGCCAGACGGCCCAGCUCAUCGUUAACCACGUCGGCAGUAAGGCCACCCCGCCUCCCCGCGCCUGGUUCCUGCCCCCUGCCUGCCUCAGUCACUGUGUCCGCCUCGCCAUGUUCCGCUUCAGAGUGCGGGUUGUCCAGACGUUGGAGGACCACCACCAGGAGGUGCUGUCCCUCUACAGAGACUUUGGUUUCUGCGGCCUGAUCGCCCAGGACUCAGAGUUUGCCCUCUGCAACGUCCCCGCCUACUUCUCCUCUCAUGCCCUCAAACUGUCCUGGAACGGCAAGAACCUGACCACCCACCAGUACCUGCUCUCUGAAGCUGCCAGACAGCUGGGUCUGAAGACACAACACCUGCCCUGCUUCGCUGCACUGCUGGUCUCGUAUGGAGGACAAGGUGCAGCGUUUUAAGAGAGCUGUGGAGUAUUUCUCAGCUGCCUCUAAACCCCGCCCACUCUCCAUGGGAACCUCCCCCUACCUCUUGCCAGGGUUUGGGCCGGCUCCGUUUGGUGGACCUCCUGGCCACAUGGGGGCGAUGCAGACUGUAAAGACGCAGUUCCCCCACCAGGGUGUAAAACCACCCUAUCAGAAUGCUCCGUACGGACCAGGCAACACCUCUCUGUUCCAGAACCACCCACCUCCCCUGCAGGACUGCAACGAUUCACUGGCAGGGAAAAUGGCCUUCACCGAUUGGUCAGCUCCAUAUGACCAGGGAGGAAGUAGAUUACCGAAUCACCAUGCGGCCGCUCCCUCUGGGCCCUCCCCCUCUCCUUCAUCAUCUUCUGAUGGAGAUGAACCAAACGACAGCAGCAA